AUGACAACAAACACAUAUGAGAAAUGUUCAAGUAAAGAUGGGGCUCGGCCAUAUAAGUGUAGCGACUACGCCAAUAAAAUAUCGCUGAAUUUACACAAUUUUAAACGUGAUGGAAGAUUUUGUGAUAUAGAUUUAGUAUCGGGCUCAACAAGGGUUAAGGCACAUCGUGUAGUACUUGCAGCUAGCUGUGCAUAUUUUGAUGCUAUGUUUAAUGUUGGUUUAGAAGAAAGUCAAAAAGGAAAUGUGGCCCUUCCAAGUGUCCCUCCAGAUAUCUUGCCUAUGAUUAUAGACUUUAUAUACACAGGUGAAAUAAUUAUUGAUAAAGGAACUGUACAACACUUAUUAAUUGCUGCUGAUAUGCUACAGUUACGGGAAUUGGUCACAGGUUGUGGGGAAUUUUUAAGAAGAGAACUACAUCCCUCAAAUGCCUUAGGAAUAUUUCGGUUUGCAGAAGCUCACAACUGCAUAGAGUUGGUAAAAGAGGCACUAGAGCAUGUUCAAGCCAACUGGAAUAUUGUAUCUAACGGUGAUGAGCUUUUAGAAUUGCCAUUACCACAGCUAAUAACUUUGCUUUCAUCUGAACAAUUAAAAGUUGACAGUGAAGCACAGGUUUUAUAUCCGGCUCUCCGAUGGUUAGAGCACGAUCCAACAUGUCGUCGACGUCACUGUUUUGAGGUAUUGAGUCACAUACGCUUACCACUGAUCUCACCUGAAGUUUUAGAUCAAGCGAUAAAAAGUAUACAAGAUCCGUCUUUAGCAGUGGCACUAAGAACAAUCUGUAAGGAUAUGAAGUCUGGUAGAGGUGCUCUGGUAGCGCUGGCAGUGGAGCCACGUCAACGCGCGCGACGUAUCUUGUUGGUCGUUGGUGGGUCUUGUCGUGACAAAGCUGCACACCCACCUCUCACAACUGACAAUAUUCUCUCAUCAGUGCUCAAAUUUGAUUUACAUAAACGAGAAUGGGAGGAGUUAGAAUCAAUGGGCAUAGCGCGAAUCCAACCCGGCGUCGCAACUUUGGGUGGUCGAGUGUAUGCCGUUGGAGGAGAACAAGGCAGUCAAAUACUCGCCAACGGAGAGGUUUAUGAUCCACAGACUGAUAAAUGGUCAAAUAUUGCACCUAUGAAAGAAGCGCGGUGUGAAUUCGGAUUAACAGGCUGGAAUGGUAAUUUAUACGCUUUUGGAGGUUGGGUCGGAUCUGACAUGGGAUCGUCAGUAGAAGUAUACGACCCCGUUGCCGAUGAGUGGACAUUAGUAGGGAGAAUGCCUGAACCUCGGUUUGGUAUGGGUGUUAUUAAUUAUAAAGGUCUCAUAUACAUUGUAGGAGGAUGUACACACACUUGGAGACAUACUAAAGACUUAUUAUGCUAUCAUCCUGGUACUCGUAAGUGGCACAAGUUAAGCUCGAUGCAUCACGAUCGUAGUCAAGCGGCAGCAGUUGUUCUAGAUAACUACCUAUACGUUAUCGGUGGUAACGCGCCUAGGCGGACAGUGCUUACAUCGGUAGAAAGAUAUAGCUUUGACGAGGGGGUGUGGGAAGAAGUGGCGAGUUUGAAGUAUGCGCGCGCGGGGUGCGCGGCGGGCGCGGCGGAGGGCGUGCUGGUGGUGGCGGGCGGCGACAGCGAGAGCGCCCGCGAGCGCGCCUUCUACCGCGCGCGCACCACGCUGGCCAGCGUCGAGCUGUACGAGCCGCGCAGCGACGUGUGGCGCGCCGGCCCGCCGCUGCCGCACUCGCGCGCCGAGGCCGGCGCCGCGCUGCUCUGA